CUCGCCUCUCCGGCGAUGGUCCUCGCUCUUUUGGGCCCAGGACAGAGAUCUUCGCAAUGGGCAAUGAGCAGUCAUCUCAGCAUGGAGGGACGAGUGACCUGGCGGUGGGUCGGUCGGGCACCUCGCGGAAUGACUUGAGGGGCGCAGAGGGAGACGCUGCGGCACCUGUCACAAGGUGAGAAUCAAAGAGAAUAAAAGCAUGUACAUCGGCCACAUGGGAUUGACUGUUGCAUGUUUUGCUUGUGCUGAUGCUGUUCGGUAGCGUGACGACGGAGACUGUGGAUGACACGCUACUUGAUGACACGGGUGAGAAGUGCCGUCCCGUGUCGGCCUCGACAAGCAUAUGGAAACUGGCACACGUGCAAGGUGACAGACUGCACACUCCGCACCACGCAGGUCCACACCCAUUGCAUGUUGUGGGUGCGCGUGUCAAUUGGUUCCGCGUCGUGUCAGGUGAGCAUUCCAACAGGGUGUUGUUCUCGGAGUGUCUGAGUGAGUACACGGACCCCGUGGAGCCAUCCCCUGAACACAAUGGGCGAAUCAUACUCGCUAGGGACACGUAAGUGUUGACCCGAGGAUAUAUCCCCCCACUCACUGGCAGAUAGGGGGCGGCGAGGCUCAUGUUGGGUGGUGCGCGUGUGUCGUUGUUUGAACUUGAAAAGUAUGAUAGCGUAUCACUUUCAAGCGGGGAUGUUUCGCGUCGUCCCUGUCGUUGGCAUCUUCUACUCAAAGAUCAAGCUCCGCGCAGAUACCAAGGUGAAUCGACUGACUGACUGAAUGACAGGCUCACCCUAACAGAGGAGCGCACACACGUUUGGGAUUUGCUUCUGUUUGUAUGUCUGUGUGUCAGUUUACUGAUUUCCAGCUGGUUUUGGGUCCCGAUGUGGGUGUGAUAUCCGAGAGCCUACCCCCUCUGCAUUGGGUCGCUGGGGCCGACGAGCAGGGCAACCUUCACGUCAUGGCAUUCAAUGACAGAACAGCAGACGACAGCAAAGCGGUGAGCCGCCAUGACAAGAACACCUGGAAGGCUUCGCCUUUCUACUUCCUUCCUAGAACCCUUACUCAUUCACCAUUCCGGCCCUAGACGACCCUGCCAUGCGGGUAAGAGGCACCUCGGGUCGAUCACGUCACGCGCAACCUGCCGCCUGCAUUCUUUUGUACGUGUAGGUUGUGUGGCCCGAGCCACGUACGCCUGAGGGCGGCUCGCGCACACUGGUCGUAUUGCAUCGGGACCAGAUGGUGCUGUGGAACUUCCCCGACCUGAUCCGCGAGGCCACGUCAGGCAAGUUCGACAGCACCAACGAUGCGGUGCUGACAGCCGCUGCAGUAUCGGGGCUCAAAAAGCGGUACUGCAAGAAAAUACAGCUCAAGGACCUGUUCAGGACCACACCCACCAUGGUGAAAGAGGGGAGGUGGGAAUCAGUCAAUGCAGUGAAUACGUGAAUCCAUGAGUGUGUCAAUGGCUACGCGUUUACAGGCGCCGGGUGGCCGCAGCCAGACUGUCGACGGCCUAUGCAGCAAAUCAUCAGGUCAGCGAGUGGGUCACUCACUGUACACGAAAACAGGCAGAGCAAUUGACUAAUGAUGGUGUUUGUCUGCGGAUUCGUCGGCUUCAGGUGUUCCUGAAGUUGCCGACUUGUGUUUCUCGCGUGACGGGCAAGUGCUCUUCGCCGCCAUCAAACCCAACCACAUCGUUGCUUGGCUCGUGUCGGUAGGCGGCACAUGUGUGGAUGGGUAUAGAUGGCCCCACACUGUCCAACGUCUACCAUGCCUGGUUGUCUUUGCCUCCUUUUCCCCACCAGUGUCCCGAGAAAGGCGCUCCUCAGGCAGAGGACCUGUUUUCCCAUGCGCUUUCCUCCGACCUGGACAGCCCCACUAUCGCAUCCAUCAACACCUUCACACCCCCCAUGCUCACGGACAUAUCCCUGGCUCACCACCAGUCCGCACCACCUCCGCCAGAGUACCUGGUGGUCGGCAGUGGCAGCAACAUGAGCGUGCAGUUUUACCGCACCAGCAGAGACCAACACCGCCCCCUCACUCUAGAGCAGACGAUGCGCCUCAUGUGCGUGGGGGGUGUAGGGCUGGAUGGCCCGGCACGAGUGCGGGUGGCGCAUGGCCAGGGUGCGGGCAGCGCCUUUGUGGUGGUGGGUGUGCCGGUGAGAGAGGCGGAUGGCGGGCUGGUGCAGAGGUUCGUCCUCAUCGAAACCAGGGAGUGGACCGCACAGAGACCAUUUCUGCCCGCAAAGGCUGUCAGACAGGUGAGUGAGGCGGUGCGAACAGAGCAUGACAAGCCCCACAGGCACACGGAUCUGCUAUGCUGUUUUUCCUGCUGGUCAGCUGCCGAUGUCUCAUUCAUGUGUGGAUUGGGCGUGCGGGAUGCCACGUGAGCACGACUCAGUCAAGGUGGAGCAAGGGCGCAGCCUCAUCAUCUACUGCUUCGAACGGAUGUCACCAGCUGACAGGACUACCAGGAAACAGGCAGAACUAAACCUACACCAUCAGGUUAGCCGACGUGAGCAGGAUGUCAUGUAGACGCAUCACCGACUCACCGUUUGUCCUUCUUCUGUCUGCUCAGUCGCUGAGUCAGCUGCGGUCUCCUUCGCCGGGCCUGCCCGACACCACCUCCCACGUGCAGCUCUUCACACCAGCCGAGCAGGCGCCACCGUUGUCGCCCAGAGCAGAAGAGCCCGAUGCAGAGGAGACUAUGGGAGGUGAGGCCGUGGAGAGAACGGUGGGGAAAAAGGAGGCAUCCACUACUAUCCAGCCACCGCCAGGAUUCCAGCCAUCCUUCCCCGAUACCCCCGCAUCCUCCCCUGCAGGUGCGCAGUUACCACACGGCUGGAUCAGCUGUGGGAAUGGCGUCACCUUUCCUGCUGGCACCAGUGACGCCAGCAGACGGCUGUCCGAGGCCAUCAUUCGCCGCACCAUCGCUGGCGAACAGCAUAUGACGCAGCUCAUCCAGCGGUAUGGAACCGACCCCAAUGUGGAGCCACUGCUGCGGCUGGCGGGCACUACGGGUCGCUAUGUAGCUUAUCCGCUGCUGUCGCUGUGCAUUGACAACCUACGUGACAACCUCACUCACAAUAGCGUGCCGUCCAUCUGGGGAGCCGUCGGCGAGGGCGAGUGUCCCGUCGCCAUGCCGACGUGGGAGACGCCCUCCCUGCAGCUCGCCGUCAUGCGAAGCCUGAUCGAGAGAGGGGCGGACAUCAACAGGGGUGCGGGAGUGGCUAGACCCAUCCGAGUGGCCAUCGCCUCGUGCAACCAGACCGCCUUCGAUCUCCUGAUGGGCCGGCCAGGUGCGCACCAAUUCACAGCACUCACGACACGGAACACACACCAUGAUGUUCGUCGGGACGUCUGUCUGUCUGCCUGUCUGUCUGUCUGUCUGUUCCAGGCAUCCAGCUGCGGGGGCUUUGGGUGAUCCAUCUGCCUUUCACGUUGCCGACGGACCAGCCGACUGAGGCUCACGAGCGCACCCUGCUGUCCUUCUACCGGCAGCUCAUCCAGCGGGACAGCACACUCGCAACCGAGCGGGGCCCGAAUGGCACCAACCUGGUGCAUGUGGCGGCCUUGAGCCAUUCCGUCUGGUCCCAGCAGUUCAUCGAGAACUACAUCGACCUGCUGGUGACCAACGGGGUGGACAUAAAGGCAGUGGACAUCGGUGAGCGGACGCCAUUGCACUACGCGGCAGGCUGCGGCUGUCACUGUGUGGCUGCCUCUCUCUGCCGCCGUCUCACCGCUGCCGACAUCAACAGAGGGGUGCCAAAUGACCCCACCCUCACGCUCCUCACCUACGCUGCCCGACAGCUCGAUGAGGUCACCCAACAGCUGCGAGAUGACACCACGGAGCAGCCCGUGAGGGACCAGGCCACCGUUCGAAUCCCCAAGCUCCAGAAGACCGUCCGUGUGCUGCUCCAGGCGGGCGCCGACAUCGCCCUCAUGCCCACAGCCAGAGAGGAGGACCGCCGCCGUCACCAGCUGGUGCUGGCUGAGCGCAUGGCGGCGGCCAAUGAGCUGCCCAUUCCCGAGCCGCACCCGGCCACCAUCGAGGCGCAGGGGCGGCUGCAGAAGAUGAAGGAGCACCGCGACAAGCGCAAGGGCCGGCAGGCCACACGAGAGGCCAACGAGGCCCCCACAGCGGCCGAAUUGGCGCGGCAGCAGAGGGAGGCCGACGCCCUCAUCAGAGAGGAGGAGGCCAACAAGAAGGAGGCGGCGGCUAAGGCGAAGGCGGGCAAGAAGGGUAAGGGCAAGCGGGGCAAGGGGCAGCACAGCGCAACUUCCACCCCCACCGCCGCCGGCAGCCGCCAGGGCGGCGAAGACGACCGGGCGGACAGCACUGGGGCAGCCGAUGACGACGACCAGCCAGAUCCCAACGAUGAGGAUAGCGACGCCCUGCUGCUUGCGUCGGCCUUCGCCCAACGCGCCAUCGAAAGCCGUAAGCAGGCCAACAACCCCAAGCAGCCCAAAGGAUCGACUCAUCCCCCCUUCUUGCCCUUCCAGCACCCCACAGCCAAGCAACAGGCCACCCUGCCACCCUCAGCCGAUAAGUCCCGAUCCCACCGGCCCCACAAUCGCCCUCUGCUCUCUCGCCCCAGCGGUGUGUCGACGGCCGACCAGACGCCAGGCGAGGAGCGGCUGGCGGGCCCAUCGGCAGACAGCAAGUUGGGAAGAGGCAGCGGGUUUGGCCUCUCGGCUGCUGCACCAUCCCUGUUGUCUCGGGCGGCCGCUCCCCCUCCCCAUCUGCCGUCAGCUGUGGAGCUGCGCGACUCGGGCAAGCGCCGACCGUUUGUGUCGUCGAGUCCCACUCACCCGCCCCCACCGCGUCGGCCCCUGCCACCUGCACACAGACCGGCGAGCGGUGCCGAUGAGUCAGUCCCGCCUCCAGCGCAUGCGCCACAGCAGCCGUAAGCGGACAGACACAGAGAAGGGGAUAGAUGGGUGGGCACAGUGAAUGGUGUUGGUGUGUGUUGUCGUCUCUCUUUGUGUCAGUGACGACUUGCUUCCCUCCUCGUCGACUGGGCAUCGUCCGUCGUGUCACCGGGGCCCUCCGCCACUCGUCAAGUGCCCCAAGUAAGGAACAGACAGGCCGACACAAGGACGCUCCAGGCACACACCGGUGGGGGGUUAUCGUGCAUGUGUCUUCUCAGGUCGUCUGGGGCUUCGUUGAGCCACGAUGAUGCCUGUCGGUCGCCAUUGUUUGAGCUGAGGUGCGCAUACACGCGCCGCACAGCCGCCAUUGAAUUGCCAUGUUUGUUCUGUCUUGUGUCAGGUCCGCGGCUGACGCCUGUCCGUCGUCCAGUAGCUACGACGAUUCCAGUGCUGCACCAGCAGCCCCGGCAGCCGCAGCAGCAGCCGCAUUCGGAACACCAUCAGCACCAUACGAAGCACCACUAGGGUAGGCAGGCACACCAACACACACACACGCACCACAGAGGCGGCUCGUCACGUCAUUGGCUUGCGUGUGUGUGGUCAGGCCAUCGCACUACCAUGAGGACCGACAGGGCGCCUCGGCGUCGGCACACCAUGGUGCUGCAGCUGCUGCCCCUGCUGUAGACGACAUUGUGCGGCAGCGAGACGAACUCGCCCGGCAGCUCGAAGAGACUCAACGAAGGUACGCUGGGAUGCUCGCUCACCUCUGCAGCACAGACACACACACACGCGAUAUGAUGCGAUUGAUGCACACAGGCUUGCCGAGCUCACCACAACCGCCCAGCAGCACCAGCCGUCAUCGUCCGGCAGCUCCAGUGCCCCUCUGUCGCCUCAGCAAACACGGCCACAGCAGCCGCAGCCACCUGCCGGCACUGGUGCUGACAGCACACAGGCCGGCGGGUGCAUCAUCUGUUUCGGCGAGCACGGCCCUGCCUCCAUCAUGUACGUGCCCUGCAGACACAUGCACAUCUGCCACAAGUGCUACGCCCACCGCAGGGACGCCUGGCACCACAGCCUCCCCCGCCUCAAGGCCGACAAUGCCCGUCGGGCGGAGGAGAACAAGGCACGGAUCAAGCGGGACCAGGAGCCGCUGGAGCUGCGGCCGGAGGGCUACCUGUGCGAGCAGUGCCAGACGGAGGUCGUCUUUGCCGGGUCGAUGGACGAAGUGCUGCGGUGGAUCGGCCAGCCAUUCACAUGACUGACUGACUGACUGACUGACAGCCAAAGAUGCCCGUCAGUCAGUCAGACGGCGACAGAGACUGACUGCAUCGGCGAUGGGGAGAGAGCGGCGGGAGGGUGUCAAUGACUCUGACUGACAGGUAGAUGCAUGACAUGAGUGGGCUGACACAAUUCAUUGGCUGGGCUGCAUUGAGAUAGAUGAGCUUCAUACGAACGAACAUGAGUGUCAAGUAAUGACAUGCGCCUCUCAGUCAUCACACAGACAGACCUUUACCGAAAGCAACUCAUCCAAAGUGAUUGGGGCUUACUGCGGCUGAAUGAUUGGCACCCGACGAACCCUGUGGACCCACCUAAGGGUUCCUUUGCACUCCUUCGUCGACCUUUCAGGCGAUCGAUGCGAGCCUGAAAUAGGGCGAGAAGGGACGAUUUUGUUUCGUCUUGGUGCAGCAAUGGCGGCACAAUGAGGACCUCUGAGCAGACGAGUCCGAUUGUCCAUCGCUCAGCCGCUUCCCGUGUGCGGAUUCUGCCAUUGAUUGAGCCUCGCCAGCAUUGAGCCCUGCUGCCCGACGGAUCACCGCGCCACGUAGCGGCUUCUCGU